AUGAAAGAUUAUACAAUCCGUCAAGGCGUGGAUUAUUGGGUGUACGAGUCGGAGCCAACAACAUUCUAUGCUAAAUGUACACAGUACUGUGCUGGUUGUGACUGGCUGAUCAGGGUGAGUAAAAUGUCCAAAAAGUACUGCUGGGAGAUAAGGAGGUACAAUGGUAGUCACACGUGUACUCAAGCAACCAUUUUUCAAGAUCAUUCCAAAUUGGGUUCCGACACAAUUGCAGAAGCAAUUAAGCCGUUGGUAGAAGUUGACCCAUCUAUAAAGGUAAAAUCAGUUAUUACAGAGGUACAGUCGAAGUUUGAUUACACUGUAAGUUAUCGCAAAGCCUGGUUAGCAACGCAGAAGACAGUGGAGUCAAUUUUCUGUGGGUGGGAAGCUUUGUAUGAAGCUUUGCCCAUAUGGUUUAAGGCCAUGUGUCAUAAAGAGCCAUCAGCGGUCGUUCACUUUGAAACAAUGCCUGCGUACCAGGGUGAUGACUUGGUUCUUGACAUCCGUGUCUUACAUCGAGUCUUCUGGAGUUAUUACCCUUUUUCUCAGGACGGCAACAACAAUAUUGUGUCCAUUGCAUUUGCGAUAGUGGAGGGAGAGACAUCUGACGCGUGGCACUUUUUUCUCAGUAACUUGCGACAGCAUGUGGUGACGCAUGACGGUGUGGGCUUAUAUCCAACAGACAUGAGUCCAUCAACUCAUCUAUUGUUCGGAGUAACGGAGCCUGGUCUCCUCCUAGGGCUUUCCACAUGUUUUGUAUCAGGCAUAUAG